AUGCCGCCCAAUCCGCUGGUGUACUUUGAGAUCGCCUUCGAUGGACAACCCGUGGGCAAGAUCGUCUUUGAGCUCUUCGCCCAUGUGGUGCCGAAGACCGCGGAGAACUUCCGAGCCCUGUGUACCGGAGAGCAUGGGAAGGGAAGAUCUGGAAAGAGGCUGAACUUCUUGGGCUGUGUCUUCCAUCGAAUCAUCCCGGGCUUCAUGUGUCAGGGGGGCGACUUCACUCGCGGCGACGGCACGGGCGGAGAAUCGAUUUAUGGCGCCAAGUUCAAGGAUGAGAACUUCCAAAUGAGGCAUACAGAGAAGGGUUUGUUGUCCAUGGCCAACUCGGGGCCGAACACCAAUGGCUCCCAGUUCUUCAUCACCGUCAAGGCCACACCGCACCUGGAUGGGAAGCACGUGGUCUUCGGGAAGGUCAUCAGUGGCUACGACGUGGUCCAGAAGAUGGAGCGGUGUGGCUCCAGCAGUGGGAAGACCAGUAAGAAGGUCACCAUCCAUUCCUGUGGCGAAGAGACCACCGGGGAUGAUGCGCCCCCAGCCAAGAAGCCCAAGACGGGCGGAGCCGAGGAGGUGCAGGUGCUCCACAUCAUCCGAAAGCACAGCGGGUCCCGGAGACCCUCGUCUUGGCGCCAAGAGAAGAUCACUUGCUCCAAGUUAGAGGCGGCCUCCUUCCUUCAAGACUUGAAGUCCGACUUAGAAAAGUUCGACCCCACGUCGAUGAGGGAGAAGUUCGAGGCCCUGGCGCGAGAGCACUCGGAUUGCGGGUCGGCCAAGAAGGGCGGCGACCUGGGCCUCUUUGGGCGCGGAAGGAUGCAGAAAGCCUUCGAGGAGGCCUCCUUCGCUCUCAAGGUUGGAGAGCUCUCGGAGGUGGUGUCCACUGACUCGGGCGAGCACCUCAUCCUCAGAAUCCAGCCGUUGGUCUAUGCCUGGGGCUCCAGUGGGUCGGGGCGCCUGGGCUUUGAGCCUGACGAACUCGAUAAACUCCAGAUGCUGCAAAUCCGGGAGAUGAACAAGGGGAAGGUGCCCGAGCGGACGCAAAUGACGGGGCCGAAGCAUUUGCGUAUUUAUCCUCCCAUCAAGGUGGCCAAUCGUUGGAGGAAGGGGCAGAAGGAUGCUGGCCACCAUGUGGUGGCUGAAAAGCCACAAUCCAUCGACAAGGAAAGUCGGAAGUGGAUGGACUGCCAGCAGAAGCUCUUCGAAGAGUCUCCAGACUUUAAGACCAAGGCUCUCCAGGAUCAAGAGAAAAAGGCUGAAAAGACCUGUAAGAGUCAGCUGGAUUUCAUCCGGCACUUGUGGGAGAAACCCACCUCCAGGACCGACCUCACCGAAUACACGCUGCGGCAGUUGAGGAAGGAGAUUGAGGUGGAGUAUGUGCGAACCUUGCACGCCCUCAACAUGUCCGGCAGUGGUGAUGGGCCGCAGAUGGAGAAGCUUAUGUGGGUCAAGACCGAUGUGGACAUCAAGAAGAAGCUGCUCAAGUUUGAGGAGCUGCUGUGGAUCCUUCAGCAGCAGCCGCUUUACAUGGCCCGCUUGAGCGCUGCCUUGAGGAAGAACAACGUGCAGGAUAGCGAGCAUCAGAUUUUCCGGAAGAUGUGCCAACGCAUCUUCCACGACCUCUUUCAGCCACGCACGCUGCAUCUCUGCAAGUCCACGCUGCAGCUGAUCGCACAGUCGGAGGUGGAACAGGCGCGGAAUAUCUCGGAGCUCUUUCAUCCGGCGAAGUCCCACGCGACCUUCCUCAUCACCCAGCUGGCUACGCAUGCAGCCUUUGUGGAUGGCAUUGCGUUCCCCAUCCUCAAUCCAGAGGAUGAGACAUCCCUGGUCUCGAUGAUCAUCAAAUACACCAUGAUGAAGAAGGACGGAGAAUCGCCGCGGAUCGCAGGGACCAGCGAGCAGGAUUUGAACGUGGUCACUGGAGUCUUUGUGACGCAUUGGUUCGAGUACCAGGAGCUGGUUCAGAAGGCCUUUGCCGAUCGACCUGCACCACCAGGGAGCGAGAAGAACCGCUACCUGAACUUCCAGACUGAGCUCUUGGCCUUUCAAAGAAGUUGCGUAGAGGACAGUCGCAGCAGUGAACGGGAGAAGGACGUCUAUGCGGGGUGCAUCCCGAAAUUCAUCCGCAACUUCGUGCGGCAGAUCUUCGAAGACGAGCGGGCCAAGGAUUUCAAAAUGUUGCUCGUGUCCUGCUUCAAGGCCCUGCGUGCUUCUCCGGCGGCCAAAGGCAUCGAGCAAUCAGAUCCGAAAUUCUGCACUCCGAUCGCCUCCAUAGUGCUGGCCAACAUCUUGGCGAGCGUCCUGGAGGCCGCUCAGACGCCCCACUUCAGUUUGGUGGUGCUGAAGAUCCGAAAGAAGGUCUUUGAGAGCCACAUGAACAGGAUGAAGAAUGCUGGUAAGAAUGAUGGUGAUUUUGAUCCACUGGAUGUGGCCGAACUGCUGGUGGAACGGGUCCUCUACAACAUCCAGGCUCUGGCGAAGGUCUUUCAACGAACCGUGCACAAGCAGGUUUUCCAGACCCAGUUCCAGACCAAGCCGGAUCAAGUGCUGAAGGAGGAGCCAGAGUCUCGACAAAUCUGCGAUGAGAUCAAGGAUUUCACCUGCCAGAUUCUGCAUGAACAGUUCUCCCAGAUCAGGGCCGGCGGAUGGUCCGAAGAGGCACAAGAUCCCAUUGCUGCGGAGCUGGCCACAGAUCUGUAUAUGUCGCACUUCACGCUGCAAAACACCAUGGUGAGCAUGUCUGCCCUGGAUUUGCUCAACAUGGCCAACGUGCUCUUCAGGCACAAGAAGGACAUGUACCCCAACGACACGCAGGACCAGCUCUCCGAGGUGUUGGACGACUUGAUGCACAGGCGUCCUUUGGAAAAGCCUCGGACCGAGCAUGGACAGCUGGUCACCGAGGAGCUUUCGGAGUAUCAUCCGCAUGGGCACUUGUGGCUUGCGUCCCAGCACGGAGAGUGGCACAACUUCCGAUUGAAAGCGAGGUUUAUGGAAUAUUUGCAUGGUCCUGAUGACCAGCCGAUGCUUUGCCACCACUCGCAGGCGCCCAUCCCCGGUCGCCUGGCGAUGGAGCACCAGAGAUCCUUAUCGAGGCAAGGAGAGGUGCACCUCGUGAAGAAGUACACCAUUCCGGAUGAGGAGAAGUCGAUGCUGCCGCUGAUGACCCUGGCAGGCUUACCGGAGCCAGUGGAAGUGUACGAGCACUUGGAGGAGAUCAUCCAGGAAUUGUCUGGCAACAAGCGAGAGAAUGAUGAUGUGAAGUACCAAAUCACAGGCCAGAACUGGAUAGACUUGAGGACUGGCUUCAGCAAGAUUCAGAAGGCCCUGCAGCAGGACAUCAAGGAUGGGAAUGCUUCCAGCAAGAUGCGUGGCCUGGUGAUGGACUUGGAGGAGGGGAAGAAGAUCAUCGACGAAGUCAUGCAGGCAAAGCGUCUGGAGGUGGAGUUCAUGAAGUACAUUGACCGCUCAGUGCAGCGGCGGUAUGUGCAUGCCAGGUAUUUGGAAUCCGCCUCGCAGCGGGACAAGCUCAUCUUCAAGUGCCGAGAGUCCUACCUGAGUGACCUCAAGGAGCAUGUAGAGACGCUCCAAGAAGUCCUGAAGGUUUCCACGGACUGCACUUGCCCGAGCCGCUUUACCAUGGCAGCGGCCCAGCGCAGCGAAAAGAUUUCCUUCUUGCGACUCCGCAGGAUCAAGCAGCGUAUCCGGAAAACGAAGCCAACGCCUGGGCAGAAGAUCAUGGACACCAUGGGCACAGAUGAUAGCCGUGAUGCUGGCAAGCUGCAGGAGCUUAAGGAGUCCAUCAUUCCAACUCAGACCUUCUCUCUUGGACAGCUUGAGUCCAAAGGCGUGGUGGUCCGCAUGCACGAGAAGCUGCCGGGCAAGACCCGGAAGCACAUGAGCUUCACCUUCCAGACCUGCGGGGAAGGCUUCAAUGUCCAAAUCUUCCUGAAGACUACCCUGCUGAAGGAGUUCGAGAUUUCGAGGGAACAGAUUGAGGACAUGGAGAUGGCGAAUAAGACCUCGGCGGCCAGCUUUGCGGCCGGGGAACCAGUACUUCCACGGCCCCAGGGACGACCGAAAGCGAGGAGGACUUCGUGUGGAUGA